UUCCGGUUAAUUGUAGAGAGCAUAUUUUCCCGAGAAAACGAAUCGAAUCGCAUCUAACUGGGUUUGUGGAGUUGGGAGUGAGAUUCUUAUAGGAAUGGCGGCUGCAACACCUGGCUCGGUUCAGAAGACAGAGGAAGAAUGGCGAGCGAUUCUCUCUCCUGAACAGUUUUGGAUUCUUCGUCAGAAAGGAACAGAGCAGAAAGGCACCGGGAAAUACGACAAGUUCUUUGAAGAAGGGGUUUACAAUUGCGGUGGUUGUGACAUUCCACUUUACAAGUCCGUAACCAAAUUCAACUCUGGCUGCGGUUGGCCUGCAUUCUUUGAGGGCCUGCCUGGAGCUAUAAAUCGCUCCCCGGAUCCGGAUGGGAGAAGAACUGAGAUCACAUGUGCAGCCUGUGGAGGGCACUUGGGCCACGUUUUCAAAGGCGAGGGGUUCAAAACUCCGACGGAUGAACGCCACUGCGUCAACAGCGUUUCGGUCAAGUUUAUUCCGGGGAAUGCUUCCCUCUGAAGCCUUGAGCGGUCCGUUAAAUUUUCAUCACUCAGUUUGUAACUUUUGUAAAAUAAUUCCUACUAAUGUAGUCUGCCUUUCUGGGAAGACCAGCAGUGUGAGUGAUGUAUGUUGUUGUCGGUUUAUGAUGUUGAGACAUAAUAAUAACCUCUUUUUCCUCAACGCCAUUAGUUU